AUGCAGCAACCUGAGGAAGGGGCGACCGCGGUGGAAAAGGUCCCGGUCGAAGUGAUGGCCGGUGACCAGGUAUCCCCGACGUCGGAAAAGACAGCCGAAAAGACUCCCGACUCGGGCUCAACGCUAUCCGGUACCGUGAAGGAGAAUGGAAGCAAGACGGCCCUGGCGCUGGACGACGAUGCGCUCUUUGCGCAUCUGCCGCCGCAUGAGAAGGAUAUUUUGAAGAAGCAGUUGGAGUCGCCGAGUGUCAAGAUCUCUUUCUUCGGGCUCUACCGCUACGCCUCGCGCAUGGAUAUCCUGAUCCUGGUGGUGUGCACUAUCUGCGCCAUUGCGGCCGGUGCUGCGCUGCCGCUGUUCACGAUUCUCUUCGGUUCCUUGACGACUUCCUUCCAAGGCAUCCAGUUGAGGACGAUUAGCUACGACGAUUUCUACCACGAAUUGACGAAGAAUGUCUUGUAUUUCGUCUACCUCGGGAUUGCCGAGUUUGUCACCGUUUACAUUAGCACCAUCGGAUUUAUCUACACUGGCGAGCACAUCACCCAGAAGAUCCGCGAACACUACCUCGAAGCUAUCCUGCGCCAGAACAUCGCCUACUUCGAUAAGCUAGGCGCCGGCGAGGUAACUACGCGCAUUACCGCCGACACCAACCUGAUCCAGGACGGUAUCUCGGAGAAGGUCGGCCUGACGCUGACUGCUCUCGCUACCUUUGUGACGGCUUUCAUCGUCGCCUACGUCAAGUAUGCCCGUCUGGCUGGUAUCUGCACAUCGACCAUCGUCGCACUGGUGGUUAUUAUGGGCGGUGGGUCCCGUUUCAUCGUGAAGUAUAGCAAGAUGACCCUGGAGAGCUACGGCGCCGGCGGCACAGUCGCCGAAGAAGUCAUUAGCUCGAUUCGCAAUGCGACUGCCUUCGGUACCCAGGACAAACUGGCUAAGCAGUAUGAGGUGCAUCUGCGCACCGCUGAACGUUGGGGCAUGCGGCUGCAGAUGGCCCUGGGUGUGAUGGUUGGUGCCAUGUUUGGCAUCAUGUUCUUGAACUACGGCCUGGGCUUCUGGAUGGGUUCACGGUAUCUGGUCGAGGGCAAAGUCAAUGUCGGCCAGGUCUUGACCAUUCUGAUGGCUAUUCUUAUUGGUUCAUUCAGCCUGGGCAAUGUCAGCCCUAACGGCCAAGCUUUCACAAAUGCGGUGGCUGCUGCUGCCAAGAUUUUCAGCACGAUCGACCGUGUCUCCCCCGUGGACCCUACUUCUGACGAGGGUAUCAUUCUGGACCAUAUCGAGGGUGAUAUUGAGUUCCGCAAUGUCAAGCACAUCUAUCCCUCGCGUCCGGAGGUCACUGUCAUGCAGGAUGUCUCCCUUUCGAUUCCUGCUGGCAAGACCACCGCCCUAGUCGGUCCCUCUGGCUCCGGCAAGUCCACUGUCGUUGGUCUGGUCGAGCGCUUCUACCUGCCUGUUGGUGGUACUGUGUACCUGGACGGCCACGACAUUCAGACACUCAACCUGCGCUGGUUGCGUCAGCAGAUCUCUUUGGUCCAACAGGAGCCUAUUCUCUUCGGCACUACCAUCUACAAGAACAUCCGCCAUGGUCUGAUCGGUACCCGCUUCGAGCACGAAUCUGAGGAACGCGUCCAGGAGCUGAUUGAGAAUGCCGCUAAGAUGGCCAAUGCCCAUGAGUUCAUCCAGGCUCUGCCUGAAGGGUAUGAAACCAACGUUGGUCAGCGUGGUUUCCUACUUUCUGGUGGCCAGAAGCAGCGCAUUGCCAUUGCUCGUGCCGUGGUCUCGGAUCCCAAAAUUCUGCUGCUGGAUGAGGCUACCUCUGCCCUGGACACCAAGUCAGAGGGUGUGGUUCAGGCGGCUCUCGACCGCGCUGCUGAAGGUCGUACUACUAUUGUUAUCGCUCAUCGUCUAUCCACCAUCAAGACUGCGCACAACAUUGUCGUCUUUGUCAACGGUCAGAUCGUCGAGCAAGGCACUCAUGAUGACCUGAUUGAGAUCGAGGGCCCUUACUCCAAGCUCGUGGAGGCCCAGCGCAUCAACGAGGAGAAAGAAGCUGAUGCCCUUGCCGAUGAAGAGCUGGUAGAGGACUCGGAUGAGGCUCCCGGUAAGGAGCAUGUCGCUCGUGUCAAGUCUGUGGCUAGCGCCUCGACCGCCCUCAAGGAUGAAGAGGCCGGUGCACUGUUUGCAGAGGAUAUGCGCCGCUCCUCGACCCGCAAAUCGGUGUCCAGUGUUAUUCUCUCCAAGAAGGGCCCCGACCCCAAGUACAAGUAUUCGCUCUGGACCCUCAUCAAGUUCAUUGCCUCUUUCAACCGGGAGGAGUGGAAAUUCCUGGUCAUCGGUCUGAUCUUCUCCUGUCUCGCUGGUGGUGGCCAGCCCACUCAGGCCUUCCUGUAUGCUAAGGCCAUCAGCGCUCUGUCCCUACCCAGUUCAGAGUAUGCUAAGCUGCGCUCGGACGCCAACUUUUGGUCGCUAAUGUUUCUGGUUGUCGGCAUUGUCCAAUUUAUCACCUUCUCGACCCACGGUAUCGCGUUUGCGUUUUGCUCUGAGCGGCUCAUCCGUAAGGCUCGCAGCAAGGCUUUCCGUGUUAUGCUUCGCCAGGAUAUCAGCUUCUUUGACAAGGAAGAGAACAGCACUGGUGCUCUGACCUCGUUCCUAUCCACAGAGACGAAGCAUCUCUCUGGUAUCAGCGGACAGACCCUGGGCACCAUUCUGAUGACCUCGACCACGCUGAUCGCCGCCAUUGUCAUCUCGCUGUCGUUCGGCUGGAAGCUUGCCCUUGUUUGUAUCAGUGUCGUUCCCGUUCUCUUGGCCUGUGGUUUCUACCGCUUCUACAUGCUCGCCGCUUUCCAGCGGCGCUCUAAGGUCGCCUACGAGGGCUCUGCCAGCUACGCUUGUGAAGCUACCUCCGCUAUCCGCACUGUUGCCUCUCUCACUCGCGAAACUGAUGUCUGGGGCGCUUACCACGACCAACUGGAGGCACAGGCUCGCACCAGCUUGGUCUCAGUCAUCAAGUCGUCCUCGCUGUACGCUGCCUCCCAGGCGCUCGUCUUCUUCUGCGUCGCCCUCGGCUUUUGGUACGGCGGUACCCUGCUGGGCCACUACGAAUACGACACCUUCCGCUUUUUCGUCUGCUUCAGUGAGAUCCUGUUCGGCGCCCAGUCCGCCGGAACCGUCUUCUCCUUCUCGCCUGACAUGGGCAAGGCCAAAAACGCGGCCUCCGAGUUCCGCAAACUGUUCGACCGCCGCCCGACCAUCGACAUCUGGUCCGAAGAGGGCCAGAAAGUCGACCACGUCGACGGCGUCAUCGAGUUCCGCGAUGUGCACUUCCGCUACCCGACCCGCCCUGAGCAGCCCGUCCUCCGCGGCCUGAACCUCAGCGUCCAGCCGGGCCAGUACAUCGCCCUGGUCGGUCCCAGUGGAUGCGGCAAGAGUACGACGAUUGCUCUCCUGGAGCGCUUCUACGAUGCCCUGUCCGGUGGCGUUUUUGUCGACGGCAAGAACAUUGCUGACCUGAACGUCAACUCGUACCGCAGCCACCUAGCCCUCGUCAGCCAAGAACCUACCUUGUACCAGGGUACCAUCAAGGAAAAUAUUCUGCUCGGUAUCGACCAGGACGACGUCCCCGAGGACGAGCUCGUCAAGGCCUGCAAGGACGCCAACAUCUACGACUUCAUUAUGUCGCUGCCCGAGGGCUUUAACACUGUCGUCGGCUCCAAGGGCGGCAUGUUGUCUGGCGGCCAAAAGCAGCGUGUCGCUAUUGCGCGCGCGCUCCUGCGCAACCCCAAGGUCCUGUUGCUGGACGAGGCGACUUCGGCUCUGGACUCGGAGUCCGAGAAGGUUGUCCAGGCUGCCCUGGAUGCUGCUGCUCGUGGCCGGACCACGAUUGCGGUUGCCCACCGUUUGAGUACUAUCCAAAAGGCGGACAUUAUCUAUGUCUUUGACCAGGGCAAGAUCGUGGAAAGCGGUACGCAUACGGAGCUGCUGCGUAAUAAGGGCCGGUACUAUGAGCUGGUUAACCUCCAGAGUCUGGGCAAGACUCAUUAA